AUGAGGACAAGUGAUCGAACCGAUGCGCCAGGAUCUGCUGGGGUGAUCUUCCGAGAAGCCGAAGCCGUGCUCGCAUCAGCCCAGAAGCAGCAGGGGGACAAGCUAUCAUGCGGUGUAGGCGAUCCCCAACUUGGCGGCCAUGCGCUCAAGCAUGUUGAACGUUGUAUAUUCCAGAAGAGUGGCAGAUUUACGGCAACAGUUGAAAGCAUUAGAGACAAUCCCGAAGUUGUUGAGGCGUCCAUCUGA